AUGGUGGAUUUUGUUCGACGGCUCGCCUCUGCCCUGCUCAAGUGCUGCGACCUUGACGUACCCAAUCGGCCAAAGGGCCUUGAGGACCCCGAACGCCUGGCUAGAGAGACUGUUUUUAAUGUGAAUGAAAUCGAGGCUCUGUAUGAGCUGUUCAAGAAGAUUAGCAGCGCUGUGGUUGAUGAUGGCUUGAUUAACAAGGAAGAAUUCCAAUUAGCCCUGUUUAAGACCAACAGAAAGGAUAGCAUGUUUGCUGAUCGGGUAUUUGACUUGUUUGACACGAAGCACAAUGGAAUUCUUGAAUUUGAGGAGUUUGCUCGAGCCCUUUCUGUGUUCCAUCCAAGUGCACCAAUUGAUGACAAAAUUGAUUUUGCUUUCAAAUUGUAUGAUCUCAAACAACAAGGUUUCAUUGAAAAGCAGGAGGUCAAGCAAAUGGUGGUCGCAACACUUGCUGAAUCAGGAAUGAAUCUUUCAGAUGAUAUUAUUGAAGGCAUUAUUGAUAAGACAUUUGAGGAAGCAGAUACAAAGCACGAUGGGAAAAUUGACAAGGAGGAAUGGCGUAGCCUUGUCUUGAGGCAUCCAUCUUUGUUAAAAAAAUAUGACCCUCCCAUAUCUCCGAGAAGAAAAAGGCCACCCUCUGUGGAUUGGAAGUUUGUUGGAAAGAGCAGAAGUAUCUUGUGGUUUGAGGACUAUAAUAACAGGAAAAACCACAAUAAAAUACCAUCAUUUCCACCCUUGGACAGAUAUGUUGAAACAGAUAAUUCUGAGGCAUGGACAAGUAUAGUGAAUGAUUCGACAUGGAAUAUUGUCAUGAAACCUUUGCUUGCCAGAUCGCUUGUUCUUCUCCGUCAGAUACUUAUCUGGAGAAAGAUGGGGGUAUUCUGUGCUGAUGGUGCAGAUACUUCUUAUCUGGAGAAAGAUGGGGGUAUUCUGUGCUGA